CUGCAACCACUUGAUGAAAACGGUGUUCUAACCAAGCCCCUCAAAUUACCGGUUUUCUCGAAGUUAAGGAAAUUGUUAGAAGAGGAUAGUGCUUGAAGACAGAAGCUGUAGCGCAUGUUAAAGUUGUCUUUAGGAUAGCAUAGUUUGUAACGUUCUAUUCAACAUUAUCAAUAUACAAUUAAGCUUUCCAGCAUCUCUCGUACCGGUGUUUGAAUUGGAGUUAAAACUCUACACUCUCAUCGUCUAGGGCUUUAGCAGCCACUCUCAGAAACAAAACUCCAAACCUUAGAGAGAGAGCAGCUCAAAAUGCCGGCUGGACACGGUCUCAGGUCUCGUACUCGCGAUCUCUUCUCGCGGGCCUUCAGGAAGAAGGGCUACAUUCCUCUCUCAACCUAUCUGAAGACCUACAGGAUCGGCGACUAUGUCGACGUCAAGGUUAACGGCGCCGUGCACAAGGGUAUGCCCCACAAGUUCUACCACGGACGUACUGGUCGCGUCUGGAACGUCACCAAGCGCGCCAUCGGUGUGGAGAUCAACAAGCAGGUUGGCAACAGGAUUAUCAGGAAGAGGAUCCAUGUGCGUGUGGAGCAUGUGCAGCCUUCAAGGUGCACUGAGGAAUUCUGUUUGAGGAAGAUAAAGAAUGAUCAGUUGAAGGCUGAGGCCAAGGCAAAGGGUGAGGUUAUUAGCACCAAGAGGCAGCCAAAGGGACCCAAGCCAGGUUUCAGGGUUGAAGGGGCAGUCAUGGAAACUGUUACUCCCAUUCCUUAUGAUGUCGUCAAUGAUCUUAAAGGAGGCUACUAGAUCUAUUUUACGGUUGUGUUGGUUAUCCCCAAGGACUGGUCUAUUUUAUUCAAGUGCUUCUUUAGUUUGAGGUACUUUCAUCUGCUGCAGCAGAAAUUGCUUAGUUUAAUGUUUUAUGAUACAUGAUGUUUUCAAGUACAAUUUUGUGCGAAUGUGGAAAUCGUCUGGAAUUACCUAUAUUAUUUGUGGUGUUGUGCUUAUGUUUUUUCUGAUUAUUCCCAGCACUUGGCUGGCUAAAGCUGUGGCUGGGUUUUUAGAAAUGCUUAUUUUGCA